AUGUACCUUGUGCAAGGCCUGAUGACCAUGGUCAUUGGCUUUGCAACGUAUUUCUGGAUGGUGGACUUCCCUGAGAAGGCCCAGAAUAGUUUGUGGUUCUUGACGAAGGAGGAGCAGGAGAUGGCUGUGAGGAGAAUCCAGAGGGACAGGAGGGAUGUGAAGGCUGAGGUUUUCGCUUGGCGGAAGGUGCUGGUGCACGCGAAGGAUGUCAAAGUCUACGGCUUCGCUUGCAUGUACUUCCUGCUCAACCUGGUCUCGACCUCAAUGAGCUACUUCUUGCCUAUCAUCCUCAGUGGCAUGGGCUACGACGAGAACCGGUCGAUAUUACUGUCAGCACCACCAUAUUACUACGCAGUUCUGCCCGUCAUCUUCACAUCAGUCAUUGGAGAUAGAUACAAGCUCCGAGGUCCCGUCAUCAUCUUCAACAGCAUCUGUCUAAUCACUGGCUUCGGCAUGCUCGGUUUCGCGAAACAAGUCACGGUCCGCUACAUUGGCACAUAUCUGGUCACAGGAGCCUACGUGUCUAAUUGGGCAGCCAUCACGACUUUUCAGACAAGCAACAUCACGGGUCAAUGGAAGCGAGCUUUCACGGCUGCUGCCUGUACUGCCAUGAACGGAGCUGGAGGCAUCGCAGGAAGCUACAUUAUCAUGCAGAAGGAAGCGCCAAGGUAUCCCACUGCUGUGUGGAUCUCAAUUGGGAGCCAUCUGUUGAUCAUCGGCUUUGUGGUAGCCUUUUCGGGAUACUUCUAUGUGGCGAACAAAAGGCAACGGGCUGGAAAGGCUGUGCUUGAAAGGACCGAGGGCUUCCGUUACGCGUUCUGA